AUGCUUUCUCUCAAACUUCUCCUCAUUUCCACCGCCGUUAUUUUCACUUCCUUGGGAUUCAAAUCCUCUCUUUCACUGGCCACCACUCACCUCCAUCUCCUAUGGACCUUUUUCCUUUUGUGCUUCACUCCUCCAUAUCUCAUCUUUACCCUCAACGCCAUCAUCAUCUUCAUCCUUGUUUCCUCCAAGUUUCACCAAUCCAACACCCAACCAAACAAUCCAAUGCUGGACUCCACCAUUUCUCCCUCUCCUCACGUCGCAAACACUGUCCUCCUUAACAUUUCACCCGCGCCCAAAGAUCAAGACAUAGAAGAACAGACCAAACAUAUUGAUCUCGGAGUUUCGCCUCCAAACACGAUGGACUCGCCGGAAUAUCUCCCGACAAUCGAUAAACCCCUAGUAUCUUCUAGGUUCACUCACCGGAAACCUCUUAAAUCCAACCCCGAAGGUGGGAAAGCGUUGAAGGUCGCCGCGAAGCAAAAACGGCACGAGACGUUGGAGAGCACGUGGAAGACGAUAACGGAGGGUCGGUCAAUACCGUUAAGUAGACACAUGAAAAAGUAUGACACGUGGCAAAACCGUUAUAACGUGGGCCCACAUCAAUCAGAAGAUUUUGUCAGCGAUUUCAACUUGAACAAGAGUGUGAGGCUGAGAAAAGAACCGUCGCUGAGUCAAGACGAGUUGAAUAAACGGGUCGAAACGUUUAUUCAAAACUUCAAUCACCAAAUGAGGUUGCAAAGAGAAGAAUCAUUAUUAAAUCACUACCAAAACAUGAUUAACCGUGGUGCUAGUUAA